AUGGGCUCCAACAAACCCCGCGGAUUGCAAGCAGCACGCAAGCUCAGGAACGGGCGCCGCGAAAACCGUUGGGCGGACAAAUCCUAUAAGAAGCGGGCUCUUGGGAACUUCUACAAGACGUCUCCUACUGGUGGUUCAUCACAUGCUAAGGGUAUCGUUCUUGAGAAGGUCGGCGUCGAGGCCAAGCAACCUAACUCUGCCAUCCGCAAAUGUGUCCGUGUGCAACUGAUCAAAAACGGGAAGAAAGUCACCGCAUUCGUUCCGAACGAUGGUUGUUUGAACUUUGUCGAUGAGAACGACGAAGUCCUCAUCUCUGGUUUCGGUCGUCGCGGGAAGGCCAAGGGUGAUAUUCCAGGUGUUCGUUUCAAGGUUGUGAAGGUGUCUGGUGUAGGCCUCCUUGCUCUCUGGAAGGAGAAAAAGGAAAAGCCUCGUUCAUGA